UCCCCUGACCCCACUCCCUUUCCCAGAACUCAGUCAUCUGAGCCCCCAGCCUGCGGUUCUCUCCUAGGCCUCAGCCUUUCCUGCCUUCGACUGAAACAGCAGCAUCUUCUAAGCCCUGGGGGCUUCCCCGGGCCCCAGCCCCGGCCUAGAACCCGCCCGCCGCCUGCCACGCUGCCACUGCCGCUUCCUCUAUAAAGGGACCCAGGCGUCCCAGCCCAGGGGCCCUGCACAGCAGGUGAGACUCUCCGGCCCCAUCUCCUUGGGCUGCCCAGGCGGCGGACUCCUUCCCUGGGCAGGCGUUCGGCCCCUCAGCGUGCACCCCGGCCCCUCCUGCACUCCUGCCUGGGCCUGGGCCUCGGUUCUCCCCAUGACACCAUCUGGACGUCUCUACCUCGCGAGGGUGUGCGGCACCCCCCUCCUCCUCCUCCUUCUGGGGCUGCUGCUGGCCCUGCCGCCUGAGGCCCAGGGGCUCCCUGGUGUUGGCCUGUCACCUUCAGCAGCCCGGACUGCCCAUCAGCACCCCCAGAAGCACUUCACCCAAGACACCCUCAAACCUGCCGCCCACCUUGUUGGAGACCCCAGCACCCAGAACUCGUUGCGCUGGAGAGCGAACACGGAUCGUGCCUUCCUCCGCCAUGGCUUCUCUUUGAGCAACAAUUCCCUCCUGGUCCCCACCAGUGGCCUCUACUUCGUCUACUCCCAGGUGGUCUUCUCUGGGGAAGGCUGCUUCCCCAAGGCCACCCCGACUCCUCUCUACCUGGCCCAUGAGGUCCAGCUCUUCUCCUCCCAGUACCCCUUCCAUGUGCCUCUCCUCAGCGCUCAGAAGUCCGUGUGCCCAGGGCCACAGGGACCCUGGGUGCACUCGGUGUACCAGGGGGCUGUAUUCCUGCUCACCCAGGGAGACCAGCUAUCCACUCACACAGACGGCAUCUCCCACCUACUCCUCAGUCCCAGUAGCGUCUUCUUUGGAGCCUUUGCUCUGUAGAAAAAUCCAGAAAGAAAAAAAAAUUGGUUUCAAGGCCUUUUCCCUAUUUUGCCUCCAUUCUGACCAUUUCAGGGGUCACCACAUCUCUCCUUUGACCAGUCCAACAGUCUCAAGCCUUCCCCACUCACAUCACCUGGAGCUUCCAAAAGAAGGAAUUCUAGGCACCCCAGGGGACCACACCUCCCUGAACUACCCCGGAUGCUUGGCUGAGGAUUUUAAGCCUGCCUAGAAUUCCCUCCCAGAACUCUUCACCUGUCCUACCAGUCUAGGGGGGGCCGAGCC